AAGAUGUGUCGGAAUGAGAUCUCUGUCUCUCUCAUCUCGUACAGAAUUACAAAAAAAAAAGAAGGAAAAAUCGAUUCGUGAGGGAUUGGAAGAAGGAUUUGAGUUGAUCAUUUGGGCGAUGAGGCAAGCAUCGAUGGAUCGUCUCUUUAGAGACAGACAACAAGACGAUGUUGAAAAGAGAUGGCGAAUUGCUACCAGACGAUGUCGUUGAGCUCAUCCUCGAGAGACUUCCUGUGGUGUCUCUGCUGAGAUUCAUGUCUGUAUCAAAGACGUGGAAAUCGACAAUCGAGUCCCCAAGUUUCAAACAGAGACAACUGAUGAUCACCAGUAGGAAAUCACGGGGUCCAGAUGUCCUAUACGUGACCGGGUUUGGUAAUGAAGAAGACGAAAUAAAAGAAGAAGAAGCUAAUAUGGUGGUGGGGUCUUGUGUAAUUCGUAGCCUCAAGUUCCCUACAAGGAGCGACAAGGUUUGCUAUGGUACUUGUGACGGACUUGUAUGCCUUUUCAGCAACCGCCACCCGAGUGUCGUUUUUAAUCCCGCCACUAGAUGGCGUCGAAGCUUUCCUCUUCCGAGGGUUCAACCGCUCAUCAUCUCUCACUUUAAAGCACGUAGCAACCUAUUCUGCUACACCCAAGAACCUCAGCUAGGAUUCGGCAAAGACAAAGUCAGGGGCACAUACAAGCCGGUUUGGCUCUUUAACUCAUCUGAGUUUGACCUAGACAAUGCCACCACUUGUGAGGUUUUCGACUUUACCACUAAUGCUUGGAGGUACGUCCUCCCUGCUGAUAGUCAGAAGCCUGUAUAUUUUGACGGGUCACUUUAUUGGUUAACCGAGUGUAAAGAAACCAAGUUGUUGUCUUUUGAUCUUCACACGGAAACUUUUAAAGUCAUCUGUAACGCCCCUUCCCAUGUACCUGACCCUCGCUUUGUCGUCUUGUGCGUCCUCGAUAACCGCUUGUGCGUAUCCCUCAAAAUCUAUCCCACCAAAACCCAAGUGAUAUGGUCACUUGGCGGCUGCAACAUGAUGAUGACAUGGAAGCAAAUGUGUUCGAUAGAUCUCACCAAAACCACUUUUCAUGACCCUCCUUAUUUCCCCCGACCAGCACUGUUGCCAAUAGCUAUUGUAAAGGAGACCAUAUUAUUGCUUGGUUAUAGGCGUGGUCCACCACUGGUGAUACAUGAUCUCCAUACCAAAUCCUAUGUUUUUGACUCCUGUCCUAAAUCCCCUGAAUAUCCUGUUUGUUAUUUCCCUAGUUUGUUCUCAAAUUAAACCAUUUUUCUUUGU